GAUCUUCUUGCUACGCUGUUGGCAUCAUACAUCGUAGACUAAUGUUACCUACCUUGUCAUCACAAUGAAGGUCUUAGUUCUUACUUUUGGAAACAUGUGCUGAAUUAUGGUCAUUGUCUGCAGUCAGUGCACCAAUUUUCAGGAAGUAGCCUACUGACUCAUAAAACAGAUAGCUAGAGAGGCUGCUAUUGUAAGGAGAACGUUAGCGUAGCUAGCUAGCAAGGAGGCAAGCCAGUUAGCUUUUUAACCCCGUAGGACUUAUUUUUGUCAGCAGCAUGUAUCAGUGAUCAUAACAGAAUGUUUCGGAUAUCUGUCAGCUACAUUUUACUUUGCGGACAAUUUCUAUUGCUUAUAACAGUCUUGCUGUUACAAUGUCUGGACGGAAUCCACUCUCAGAAUUCAUCUGACACUCCUGGAAAUGGAGUUACAUUAUCAGCAACAACAGCGACAUAUGUCGACCAAACUGACAACGCUACCAAUGUCACUGUAGUGGAGCCUCCGAUCGAGUCGGAACCGUAUGAAUACAACGGGGAUUCACCAGUUGUCCUCUGUCAUUAUUUACCCGACGAGUUUGUGUUUUGUCAAGACCCCGUUGAUCACGCUGGUAACUCCACCGCAUUACUGGAACUUGGACAUGGAUGCCUUAAGUUCGGAGGCCAGGUGCACAAGGAUGUCAAUCAUACUCGUGUGUGGUGCACCGCCUUGGAUGACAUCGAAUGUGCGGGACCAAGAGAGUUUCUGAGAGGACACGAGCCAUGCAUCAAGUAUACAGGACACUACUUCAUCACCACGCUGCUCUACUCCUUCUUCCUGGGCUGUUUCGGGGUCGACCGAUUCUGCCUCGGUCACACCGGCACAGCGGUCGGCAAGCUGCUCACCUUGGGCGGCCUUGGCAUCUGGUGGUUCGUCGACCUGAUUCUGCUGAUCACGGGAAGUCUGAUGCCAAGUGAUGGCAGCAACUGGUGCACCUUCUACUGACAUUGGGAAAGUGACCCAACCCCACGGUGGGAUUAGAAGGCAGAGCAGAGGCACUGUACAAAGGGCAGCCACAGCUUGAGUUGCACCGAAUGUUGAAACAUGUUUCUGUAGUCAUUGGGUUGCAUCAAGGGUAAUUGUAUGGUUCCUUUUUUUUUCAUCUGCAUGCAUUAAAGCUGCUUUAGGAGGUGUCGUUUUUGGUCACGGUUUUUGAAAGACUGAAGAGAAGACACACUGAUGUUUCAAAAUAUUUUUUGAGAUAUGAUUGAUGGUGGCCUCUUAAGUACUUACUUGUCCUUGGUCUUAUGUAAUGCACAUUGUAUGUCUGCCAAGCUCUCUAUUGAUAUUGCAUUUUGUAUUGUAUGUUUUGUUUUUUUUUCCCAUUUCUGUGUUUGCUGCCAAUUUGGUUGUCAAUCCCCCUUCAUUGCUUUUAAACCUGUGACACAUUUUCAAUCAGCCUUGGCUUUUGGGUAUUGUCACCCUUCAAUGGCGUUGCAUCUGAAUAGAUAGAUUCUCCUCAGGUAUUUGUUUAAAAUUCUCUCACCAAAUAGGAUGAAAGUAUUUGCAUGAAAUGCUGGAAGGCCUCCAGAGUAAACAUCGGCCUCCCCCAGCGGAACCGUUGUGUUUUCCAUGAAGGACGAACGGAGCGUUCAGAAAAUACAGCUGGAUAACUACCAACUCUCUGCAACUAGAAAAAAAACAGUACAGUUUGACUGUGCUUUGUCUUUGGGGCUUAAUGGAGUAUUUGCAGGUCACAGUGUUUUAGGAGGAGGACUAUCUAAUUAUUUCACUGACUCAAUUCUACGAGAACAAGUUUGUUGUUAGCUAACCUUGGAAAACAUCCCCAUUGACAAAUGUACUAGUUCUGUCAAUCAAAGUCUUUUGAGGUUACCAAACAAGUCAUGGCAAGAGUACCUCUGAAUGAAGGGUUUAAAUGGUGUCAAGAAUGAACUGUAUUUAUUACUUUUUGUUUUGUUUGUCUUGUUUUUGUUGAUGAGAGAAAUGGCUUGGCCUCAUGACUUCAUUUUGUUGUAUUGUUUAACUCUGAAAUAUUAAAUUGAUCUUGUCUUUCA